CCGACUUUGGUGUUUCUGCCAAGAACAAGAACACCCUCCAGAAGCACGAUACAUUUAUAGGAACCCCGUAUUGGAUGGCUCCCGAAGUAGUAUUGUGCGAAACUUUUCGUGACAAUCCCUAUGAUUACAAAGUAGAUAUAUGGUCGAUGGGCAUUACGUUGAUCGAAUUUGCCCAAAUGGAACCACCCAAUCACGAGAUGUCGCCCAUGCGAGUACUUCUCAAAAUACAAAAGUCAGAUCCACCAAAGUUGGAACAACCUUCGAAGUGGUCGAAGGAGUUCAACGACUUUUUAGUAAAAGCUUUGAUCAAGGAUCCACAAAAGAGGCCUUCUUGCGAAGAUCUUUUGAAACACCCCUUUAUCAAUUGUACUUUGGAUUCUAAGCCUAUAAGAGACUUGCUACUCGAAUAUAAGGCUGAGGUCGUUGAGGAAGAACUCACUGAUGAUGACCCUGAGGACAACCGCACGUCACAAGUUCCCCUCGACAUUGAAGAUGAUAAUUCCUCUGUUAACGAAACUGACAGUAAAGCAAGUCUAUCUGUACCUUCUUCUCCACUACCUCCGAUACCUGUAGUACCUGAGAAAGAAAUACAGAAACCAAUAUUGCCAAAUGAAGAAAAUGCUGAGUCUUCAACUACUACAGUGGAAACAUCACAAAACAAUGUUAAAACGUCAGAAAAGAAGGAAGAAGUCCAGAGAAAGACAUCCCGUGAUAAAGGAAAAGCGCCUCCUCCUCCACCAUUGCAAACACAGCUAUCGACGAGUUCCACUUCCUCAGACAAAGAAAAGGGCCCGGCGCCCCCACCCCCUAUUAUCCCACCUCUUCCGACUCCUCCUUCGUCCCCUAUCACUCCAUCAGAUACUCCGCCUGUUAUGCCCGCGGUGGUUUCAGAUACUCAGGUACAUAACCUCAACUUGAAGCAAAAUAAUAAUGAAAUUGUUCAGAGUAUUCCCCUGCCUCCACCAGUUGACUACAAUUCUUCUCCUAAGGAAAAUGUAAGACAUGAUGAAACUGAUGACAUCAAUAUGAAUAUUUCGGAAAUCAAGCAAGUCAUUGAAGAGAAGCUUGGUGAAAUGCUCUCACAUGAUAAAGCAAAAUCGGAAAAAUUACGAGAUAUAGUGACGGUAACCAGUUCUAAUGCUACCACACCUGAUGAUAGUUUGAAUUUUGUUGUUAUGCCUAGUGCUCAGUCAGAAAAAAAUAAGAACACAUCGAUGAUCACAAUAAAUUCAAAUAUGCCAGAUACUUCUAAUAGUUUAGCCUCGAAUGUAAGUCAGGUGACCGUGGUUACGACACAUCCUCCUGUUAUCAUAGAUAACUCUAUUCCUACAAGAACGUCUUCAUCCUCGCCAAGCAAUAGUGCCAACGAGGUUGUCAUUGUAGCUAACGAAAAUAACAAAACUCAUAUUGAAUCCUCGGAUGAAGAAUUCUGUCCAUCUCUUGACUCAUUGGAAUAUCCUCCGCCUUCAGAAUUCAGAGAUAAACCGUUCAACGCAAAAAAAUUGGAUGAAAGUGAGGUUAUGAUAACGGAUUCGAGUUAUGUUAUCAACGACUCUGGCCUGGAAGUGUCCGAAAAUAACUCUCGACUGUUGGAUACCAGUCAUGUGUCUGUAGUGAAGAUUGAUGAAGAGAAAGUUCAGGUGAAGGAUUCGACUUCCUAUUUAAGUGAUAAAUCUAAUGAUUAUCAAGGAUCCACUAGUGACUUAUCGAAUACUUCUUCUGGAAAGACGGGUAGCACCAAAAGUGAAUAUGGUGAUGAGUAUCGUGGGACUCAUAUCAUUUUAGAUGGGCCACAAGAAAUGCAAGAGAACAAACAUAAAAUGAACGGUCAAAUUGUACAUUCCCACAGCCGAGAGGAUAUUUACAGGCGGUCGUUGAAUGGAAAGUCUUAUUCAGAAAGUUUCGAAUCUGCUAUGUCAGACAGAUCACACAGUGACUGUGGAUCUGUUAGAAGUAAUGACUCUCACAGGAGACCUAUUUCAGUUGCUAGUAAAAGUAUUGAACAAUCCGACGUUGAAAAUAUAUCUAUAGCUAGUCAAGAAAGUCGAGGAAGUAACGAAAAGGAUGACAAACGGAUCAUGUCUGCAGAUGAUGACAAUGCAGUAGUCCUACGCAAACCUCCUAAAACCAAACAAGAAACAGCAGCCAUGCAAAUCCGUAAAACUAGAAAACGUACUAGGAAAUUUGUCAUAGAUGGUGUCCUCAUCACCACCACAACCAGUAAAGUAAUAUAUUCUGACGAAGACAAUUACAAUCUUAGCGAUCCUCACAGUGAUAGAAAACAGGAGUUGCGAGAAUUAAAAUAUCUCCAAAAGCAAGAACAAAAACAAUUUCAGGACCUCGCUACCAAAGAACAACUCACUAUAGAACAACAGGAUAAAAAAUUCGAACAGGAGAUGCAAAAUCUCGAAAGGACUUAUGAAAACGACUUAGAAAUGUUGAGCAGACAGCAAAGAAUGCAGAUUGAAAGGGCGGAGGCUCAUCAAGACGCUGACUUGAGAGCGACUUCAAAAAAAAUACGUUCCGAACAAGAAAGAGACCUCAAACAAUUUCGGGAAAGUCUCAAGGCAGAACUGCGUUUGCUAAAAUAUGAAGUGGAUAUGUUGCCAAAAGAGCGGCGCAAGACGGAGUUUAAGAUCCGAAAAGAUAAGAUGGAUGCCGAACAUUUGGAGCGUGAGAAAGCUUUCCUCGAAAAAUUAAAUGAAAACCACGAAACUUCACUUCGUCGACUCAGCGACGCCCAUCGAGAAAAAAUUGCUCUCAUGGAACGACAAUUUUUGCAGCAAAAACAACAGUUGACUAGAACGAGAGAAGCUGCUCUUUGGGAAAUUGAGGAGAGGCACAUCCACGAAAAGCACCAACUGAUAAAGCGUCAAAUAAAAGAGAUUUUCAUCUUACAGAGGCAUCAAAUGUUGACAAGACACGAAAAAGAAAAAGAACAAAUCAAAAGGAGAGCUUCCCGGAAAGAAGAAGAGCUAUUAAAGAAACAACAGAUCGAGAGGAGAUCACUACCAAAAAGAAUAAGAACUGAAAUGAAAGCACGAGAAGCUAUGUUUAGGGAAUCGAUGAGGAUUUCUAUAUCGGGAGCUAAUGAUCCAGAUAUGGAGAAAAAUCGUUUCAAAGAGUUCCAAGAAAAAGAGAAAAAACGUUACCAGGCAGAACAGCAGAGGUUCGAACUGAAACACCAGCGCCAGCUGGAAGAACUGAGGGCUAUGAGCGAUGCAACUGUAAAAGAACUGGAGCAGUUGCAGAACGAGAAGCGAAAAAUGCUUCUGGAACAUGAAUCGAUGAAAUUGAAGCAACGAGAAGAAGCUUUUAGCAUCGAAUUGAAAGAGUGGAAGGCAAAAUUAAAACCGAGAAAGCAGAAAUUGGAAGAAGCAUUUGCUCAGCAACUAGAAGAACAAGAACGAAUCUAUGGGCCGAUAACCCCUCUGACACUUCCUUCUGAUCUUGGUGAUUUUCAUUUGAGUUCCACGAGAAGCAGUUUCUCAGACGGAUAACCUCUGUUUUUUUAUUAGUUAUGCAUUGAGUAAUGGUCGAUGAAGUGCCUAUCAAUAUGAACAAAAUGAAGUAGAUGAAAAGUGUACAUAUUACUUUACACAUACACAGACUGAAUGUAUCGAAUAUAAAUGCUGCUUUAUAUCAAUAACAAAAUAGCGUGUUAGAGCAACAAAGAUGGCAUCUAA